AUGAUGCUCCGUGGAACCAGUUGUGCCUUGGCGCGCAGCUUCCGCGCCAAUCUUAAGUAUCCCUCGCUCGUGUCUUACAACAAGCUCCCAUGGGAGGUGGUGAAUCAUGACAGCACGAAGCUGCACAUGCACCUCGCCCCAAACUACGAGCAACUUCUGACCCUCGCUGCGGUGACAGAUGUGCCACACUUGACGUUGGCGUCGCACCUCAUCGUGUCGGAGGCGGAGCGGCUGCGCGUGAUGCCCGGUGUCGUAUACCUUCUAGGUGGCCAGGCCGCUCACGAGAACCCGUCAGGCUUCACGGCAUACCGGAUCGCCGAUCCGACCUCGUUGCAGUACUACGGCCGCAUCCACCAUAACCUGGCGCCGAUUCGGCGGGUGGACAUGUGCACGUCAGCUGACUUGCGACUCCUCUGCCUCGCUAUGCACUUUGAUGGUGUACUCACGAACACAUCGGCCGGCUCCACCCUUGAUGGCGUCACCACCGCGUCGCAGGAGGGCUGUUUUUCGCUCUUCUACUUCUUCCGCCCCAAUCGUCCGGCGAACGAGCUGACGCAGCCGUUUGAGAAGUUCUACCAGCACCGCCCGUCCCUCGCCAGUUUGGACGCCUUCAACGCAGCCUCGCCUGGCAAGGCGGAGUCGUGGACACCGGUGCUGCAGGUGCCGCGGCGUACGGCGGAGAGGGCGAGGCUUACCCCGGCAGAGCCGUAUCGCCCGCCGCAGAAUUAUCUGAUGGGGCUUGCAGAGCGUCUCGGCGUCCGCCCUGGCAACUGUUUUGGCCGUCGAUCCCUGAUGUGGGGCACAUGGUUCUAG